UAUCGCUGGAACAAGGCUCAUUUUCUCUUUUUUGUUAAGAAGAAGAAGAAGAAGAAAUGCAUGAUUUGGUGAAGUGAUAUGACCGGAACAUAAACUGGGAAGGAAUUAUAUGUAUCCCAUGUGAAAAAUGUUGUUUACUUCACUGGGUAUGGAUACUUUGGUUGCUUUAAUGGAGCAUCCACUAUUGGUGUCUGCUUCAAACACUUUCAACACUGUGGUAGAGAAGAAUAUCUCAAUAUCUGGAAAUUCUAGUUCAGUAACAUCAAGUGUUGGCAAAUUGGUCUACAUCUUCCAAAGGGAAUAUGCAACUGUUGAUCCUACAUUGGUGGAUGUAGUUGGUACUGAUGAGGCAACAACAUGUGUUGGUGUUGCCAUAAGAAAUCGCAAAAGCAGAAUGAUAUCUGCUGCUCAUAUGGAUUCCCCAGAGGUGGUGAAUAAUGGCCUAACUCAAAUGCUAUCUUUAGUUGCUGAUCAAGACCCCGAUGCUCUAUAUGAUGUGCAUUUGAUCGGUGGGUUUGAUGACAUCUCACCUCAACAUUCAAAUCAUAGAAAAAUUCAAACGGAACUCGAAGGGUAUUCCUAUCCUUUGUGUGCAAAGAUAGUUGAAUCCCUGAGGAAUCGAAGUGAAAAGUUUCAGAUUGGAACUCUUCAUAUUCUUUGGCACAACACCAAAUGGGAUUCUAAAGGAAUUGCAUCCCCCAUCUUUCAUGGAUUUGUGGUGGAAACCUCCACAGGGGUGAUCAUCCCAGCCUGCUUCGACAAAACUACAAGAUGCCCUGAUGAAAUUGUCCGAAGAAUUCGAGUGACAGCAAAUUUCGAAGAUCCUACUUGGAGUGGAAGGUUACUGGACACUUACGACACCAGCACUGACCGUGUCGCCAUUGCUCCAUGUGUUUGGACCAUGAGGCAGAAGCGCAUUGCUAUGAAACUUCAGAGCCUUUCCGAUGCAGAAAUACUAUUAUUCUGCUCGUCCUCACCUUCAGCUGAGGGUCCCGAGUUCGUGGAUAAUGAGAGGAGGAAGUGGGAUUACUUGAUCCGACACCCGGACUGGACCGAAGCUUUCCCACAUAGGCAGCCCCGGGUGUUUGAGAGGACUGUCGACGGAACCUGGGCGCGCAUCGAUCCCUUCGAGUAAGUAAGUAAUUUUUAUGUGCAUUUCUUUAACUGCCUCUGGAUUUCAUUUUAAGCAUGUGACUAUUAGCUGCAUGCCAAAUGACAAAUUUGCUUAACUGUGAAUUAAUUGAAUGUGUUUAUCAGUAGCUUAAUUGACUUUUUUAGGUAUAUUGAAUUAUGUAAGGUGUCUAAAUAUAUAAGAUAGAUAUUGAAUUAUAAACAUCUCAGGGUAAUAAUAGUAGUGUUCCUAAGGAAUAAAAUAUAGAUAGUCCUCGACAUUAUUUAACCAAAUGAUAGAUUUUUGACCGUUAAGUGAUUUA